AAAUGUUCCACCACCACAGAUCCCUCACCACUGUCUGUACCUACAUCUUCGUAUUUAUGAUCGGCCUUAUGAUCUCAUCGGUCGCAAAGAGAGGUAUCCCCCAUGUACUCUCCAAAUCAUCCACCCUCCCCAUCAGCUUUCUUUCCCUUAAUUCCAGACGAUGUUUCAGCUUCUCAUCAUCCUACUGGAACCUCAACAACGAUGCAAAAUCGUCCGCAUCGUCGGAGCAUACGUCGGCAGGUAACAUCGGCUCCGACGACCUAUUCAGCAUUGCUUUUGCAUACCAGCCCAAAGAUCGGGAGGAAUCCAACGUUUUUAAGCGUAAAAACAAAAAGCUCAGCCCGGCGUUGGAGUCUCCCACUGGAGAAGACAACCUUUUUGUAUCGGCUUUCAAAGAUGGCAGUGUCGCCGUGGGUGUGGCCGAUGGUGUGGGGGGAUGGAGCGAGGCCGGCUAUGACUCGUCGGCCAUCUCCAGAGAAUUAUGCAAUUUCAUCCAGCAUAACUUCGAAGCCAGCCCUCACACUUCGCCCAAAGACCUUUUGAUAAAGUCUUUUGCGGACGUGCUCCAAAGUCCUAAGGUCGAGAUCGGAGGUACUACCGCAUGCUUGGGCGUGUUCUCUAAUGACUACACCGUCAAAGUGGCCAAUUUGGGUGAUUCUUGGUGUGGUUUAUUCAGAGACUAUAAGCUAGUGAACGAGACAAACUUCCAAACCCACAAUUUCAACACCCCUUUCCAGUUGGCCAAAAUCCCACAGCAUGUUCUCAGACAGGCGGAGAUGGCGGGUAAAAGGUAUAUUGUUGACAAGCCCGAGUUUGCUGAUGAGUACACCUGGAAGUUGCAAAAAGACGAUGUGGUGAUAUUUGCAACCGAUGGAGUCACCGAUAAUAUUAUUCCGCAGGACAUUGAAAUAUUCUUGAAAGACCGGUUUGAGUCCGGUUUGAGUCAGGAGGAUAUAACCAAGAGUUUUGUGAAAGAGGUGGUGAGUGUGUCAAAAAACCCCAACUUCCCCAGUGCCUUUGCACAAGAGUUAUCACGAUUGACGGGGCAGAAAUAUUUGGGAGGGAAAGAGGACGACAUCACUGUAGUUUUAGUCAAGGUGUUGUGACACCUGUGUGCAUUAGUUUAGUUUAGACCAUUGACUCAUAGCCAGGAAAUUUUAGUUGAUGUUGAAAUUUACAAUCACUAUACCUCCU